AUGCCUACUUUUGCAAGUAAGCUUCUCAUAGGGUCUGUUACAGCAAAUGCAGUUAAAACUAAAUCACUGAGUUAUCAUUUAAUGCUAGAAAAUGGAUUAAUAAGCCAACCAGUAUCAAAAGGCAUUUACGUUACAUUACCAAUAGGACAAAGAAUUGUGGACAAAUUAAUAAAAAUUAUCGAAAAUGAAUUAGAUAGAGCUGGAUGCCAAAAGUUAGCAAUGCCUAGCAUAGCUCCAAAAUAUUUAUGGGAAAAGACAAAUCGAUGGAAUGAGAUGGGAAAUGAAAUGUAUAAACUUAAAGAUAGAAAAGACUUAGAAUUUUGUUUACAACCAACAGGAGAAGAAAUGAUAACAGAUAUAGUUAAAAAUUUAGGAACACCACGUCAAUCACAAUUGCCCAUAAAAUUAUACCAAACAACAGAAAAAUUUAGAGAUGAAAUGAAUCCAAGGUUUGGCUGGCUAAGAGGAAAACAAUUUAUAAUGAAUGACUUGUAUACUUUUGAUAAAACAAAGACUGAUGCCUUAAAUACGUAUAAAGAAAUAAAUAAGAUAUAUGAAAGAAUUUUUUAUGAUGUACUGGAAUUGAAAAAUGUAAUAUACAAAGUAGAAGCCGACACAGGUGCUAUGGGUGGUAGUUUAAGUCAUGAAUAUCAAAUAAAAAAUAACUCUGCUGAAGACAAACUUUUAGAAUGUAAAAAAUGUGGCAAAAUUUCACAAAAAGAAUUUAACAGUGGUAAAUGCACCUCUUGUGAUAAUAAUAAAGAAUUCAAAGAGUACGACAGUAUUGAGAUUGCACAUACUUUUUACCUUGAUCAAAAAUAUUCCAAAUGUUUUGGUUCUGUAUUUUCAAAUAAUAAGAAUAAAGAAUACUAUGAAAUGUGUUGUUUUGGUAUUGGCAUAACUCGUCUUAUAGCUGCUUGUAUUGAUGCAUUGUCAGGUGGAAGGACAUCUAUGAGAAUGCCCAAAGCUAUUGUACCGUAUAAAAAAGUUUUAAUUUUACCAAAAAAGUUGGACAAACCACUGUUGAAGGAACAAUUAGAACUAGUUGUUAGAGAACUAUCUUCAAAAUUAGCUAAUCAUACAGAUAUAAUAAUAGACGAUAGAACUGACAGAUCAAUUGGAAAAAAAUUGGUAGAAUGGAACAAAUUUGGUAUACCUGAUAUUUGUGUAAUUAGUACAUCAGCCAAAAAUUUACUUGACAAUGAUGUUAUUGAAUAUUAUACAGCAGAUAUUAAUUGUGAUAAAUUAACUCAACACCCAAAUUUAAAUUUGAAUUCAUGGGUUGAUAUUAUGACUAAUGAUUAA